AAAUCAUUGGAGAUCCCAAGAGGCCUGGUGGUGCAGAUAUGUAAACUGUGAGCCCACACCCACAUACCCUGAGAGCUACAAGGGGAACAUUGCUUCAAGACCUUUUUGAAUCAGAGGAUACCAGCACACAUACAGCUACGGACUGCAACGCUCACCAUCCAGAGUUCCCUGCCUUACUGAGCGCAGAUUUUUUCAGACUUUCUUCAGUUCUCAGAAGAUCAAUCAGAAAUCCAGAAAAGCUGUAUAACAAUUUGUCAACUGAGUUUGGUCAAGAUAAGAAAAGUUCUGAUGUUAUUCUAAUGUUCAAAGCGUGAACAUACCCGCCCAUCCUUUGGGCACUGUUCUCACUAGAACAGGAAGUGUCUUAUCAGGCAUCACUCAGAGAUGGCAGAGGUCAGUGUCUGCGACGCUCCGUAUGGGUCCUUAGUCCUCUGCAUGGCCUCUUCAGUCAUUGUCUCUCCUGUGCUUGAUUUCCUGGUGACAAGCACAUCAGAUAAUUCAACAGGAGGACCAAAUGCCACAAGAAUUUGAAAGACUAAAAGUCAGCAUGAAUCAAGUGAAGAUCUUUGCAGUUCUUCUUCUUUUGGCUGUGGUUUUCUUUACCCUACGAAACAUGUGCGUUCUGGAGUGGUCACCUCAAGAAAACUCUGCCAACAACUUGAAAACUGAUCCUUCCAUGCCUCAUGACUUCUGCACCUUCAAGCCACUGCCUGCUGCAGAAGCUAAAGAGGAACGCCUCUUGUUAGACUCCAUUGCUUGGCCUGAAACUCCAAUUUUGCCAUCUCCUCUGUCAUUGGAGCAGACGAGUGAUCCUGCCCACAGCACCUUCACCAUUCUCCCAGGGAGGGGAGGAGGAGAGAGGCAUGUUGGAGAUCAGCUGGAGGUGUUGAUAAAAAUAUAUGACUUCCGAGGUAAUGCCAAGAAGACUGGAGGAGAUUUCUUAGUCUCCCGGUUACACAGCAAGACACUCACUGCCGGUGUGGCUGGACGAGUGGUGGAUCACCUUAAUGGCUCCUACUCUGCUGUGUUCCCUUUACUCUGGGAAGGAAGCGCACAGGUUGAGGUGACACUUGUUCACCCAAGUGAGGCUGUCACAGUUUUGCGCAGGCUGAACAAAGACCUGCCAGAUAGAAUUAUCUUCGAGGGCAACUUCCGCUCAGUUUUACUCUCUGAAAGAACCACCUGUAAUGUUUGUUUACACCAAACCAGUCAGCCACAGUGCAACUACACUGACCUGCGCACAGGUGAGCCUUGGUUCUGCUACAAGCCGCAGAAACUGAGCUGUGAUGCCCGUAUAAGCCACUUGAAAACAGGAUACAAGAAAGCAAUCAAGACCGAAGAGGAGAAGCUCUUCCAAAGGGAUGUCAACAUGAAAGUCUACAUUAAGGCAUCAGGACCUGACAGUGUCACUGUUUUGCCACAAACGGAAGGGCAAACCAGGGUCAGUGAGGACAGAGGGAAGUCUGAACACUCUGGGUAUUACUAUCAGGGUGUGUGGAGAGCUCUAGAUGGCACCAGAGUUCAACAGUUCAACAGCUCCUCUGACAUCAGUCAGUGUCUGAAUGGAAAGAUGGUCUACAUGUAUGGAGACUCCACCAUGAGACAGUGGUUUGAGUACCUUGAUGCUUCACUACCAGAUGCUAAGGAGGUAAACCUCAACAGUCCAGAUCAAGCAGGACCUUUCAUGAUAUGGGACAAUGUAAACAAGCUCUUGGUGACGUACCGCAUCCAUGGUCUUCCUCUUCGUAUUCACAUAAUUCCAGCCAGUAAGGAGAGUUAUAUUGCCAAUGAACUGGAUGGGUUAGUUGGUGGUAAAAACACUGUUGUAGUUCUGGGCAUCUGGGCCCACUUCAGCACGUUCCCAAUUGAGUUCUACAUCAGACGCUUGCAGAGCAUCCGCAGGGCGGUGGUCCGUCUGUUGGAAAGGGCUCCAGGCACGCUGGUGGUCAUCAGGACUGCAAACCUGCAAUAUAUGACUGUUUAUAACGUGAUGGGCAACGGGGACUGGUUUUCCGUUCAGGUGGACAAGGUGCUCAGAGCCAUGUUCAAAGGACUCAAUGUUCGAAUGGUAGACGCCUGGGAGAUGGUUCUGGACCACGACCUGCCACACAACCUCCACCCACAACCUCCCAUCAUCAAGAAUAUGAUUAAUGUUCUCUUGUCCUACAUAUGCCCCAAAAAGUGAAGCUAGCAGUGCAGUUCAAGGAAAUUUAACAAUGCAAUGGAAAAGCAGCUCUUUGUAAUAAAAUAGAAACAACAUAAAGAAUAGUUUAUAUUAUUUCUAUUUUCAUCAAGUGAUUCAUUUGUCCUUUAGCACAGGGGUUCCCAAAGUUUUCAGCCCGCAAAAUAUAGGUGCCAAAGACUCGCAACCCCCACUGUCCCUCAAAGUGAUUUAAUGUGGCUUCACUUAGCUGGUCUGCAGAAAAUUUGUCUACCUAAAAUUUGUGUUUCCUGUGCCAUUAUGAAUUAACCUGCUGCUACUGAUGCUUUUGAUAAUUAACUGUUCACUAACCCUAAACUUAGGAGUCAUCUGGUAAAAAGAAAGGCAGAAAACUCAUUACAUUUUCUAUUUUCAAAGUUUUAUUGCUUCAUUAUUUUCCACAUUUUUUACUAUGAUGGGUAAAAUGUACUAUUUUUAGAAAACUUUAAAAAAAAAAAAAAACCAACCAACCAAACUUCCGGUUUUCUACCGGAAAACACUUUUCUAAUCAAUUUCUUACAACUUCCAAUGACACAUUAGAUCCCUCUAAGAGUUAUUGGUAUGCUAACACUCACACCAGGCAUCAUAUGACACCAACAACCGACAGAUGAUCCGAGACCUGAACAGUCAAUCAAUCAACUGGGCACCUUUCACACAGGUUAGAACAGUUUUAAGAGCUCCACAGAUCAUUGACAAGGCAUUAAUAAGACAAUGAAUAUAACAAGGGGGAAAAAGGAAAAAUUAUUGAGACCAAUGUCUAAAAAUAAAAAUAAUAAAAUUAAAUACAACAGAUUUAUGGGCUAAAACAAUGGUGGUAGUAAAUAAGAGUUAAGUAAAAAGUAGAUUAAAUUGAUUUAAAGGCAAAACAAAUUAAAAUGAUGACAAUGAAAUACAAAAACAAAUAAAAGCUGUAAUACUAGUUCUAAUAACAAUUGUCAGGGUCUGGUUUUUUGUGUGUGUUUUGCCCUCCCUCCUGAUCCUUUUUCUUUCUCCCUCAGCAGGUACAUGCAGAGGGGCGGGGCCGAUCUCCACGGGAGCGAGGCUCACUAGACACACCUGCCUCUCAUCCCGCAAUCAGCCCGGCUUCUUAAGCCUGCUCCAAAUUCUCCUCAGUGCCAGAAGAUUGUCGCUCAUGCUUGUGUCUCGUGUGUCCUCGCUCCCGUAAAGAUCUUCUGUCUAGUAUUGUGCUCAGCGUUGUUUCUCUAGUUUUUGUUUGUAGUGAGUUUUUUCCCUCCUGGACACCCUUAGUUAGUUUUUUGACCUUUUGUACUCGUUUCCCGUCAAGGUGAUUUUCUGUUUGUUAUCUUUUGGAAAAAUAAACAUUUUUUGUUCGACUCGGCA